AUGCCGUCGCCGCCGACCCCGCCGGCCGCCGCCGCUCCCUACGUCGAGCUCCGUUCCGCGGAGCGCGUGCCGGACACGCACGCUUGGCCGGCCGGGCCGGACGACCACCACCCGUCGGUGGAGGCCGUCGGGCGCGACGCGGUGCCGGUGGUGGACGUGGGGGACCCGGGCGCGGCGCGGGCGGUGGCGCGCGCCGCCGAGGAGUGGGGCGCGUUCCUGCUCGUCGGGCACGGCGUGCCGGCGCGCGUGACGGCGGGAGUGGAGGAGCAGGUCGCGCGCCUGUUCGCGCUCCCGGCGCCGGAGAAGGCGCGCGCGGGCCGCCGCCCCGGGGAGGCCAGCGGCUACGGCUACCCGCCGGCGCUCCACCUCCCCAAGCGCAUGUGGUCCGAGGGGUACACGUUCCCGGCGGCCGCCGUCCGCGCCGAGUUCCGCCGCGUCUGGCCCGAGGGCGGCGACGAGUACCUCCGCUUCUGCGACGUGAUGGAGGAGCACCACUGGGAGAUGAGGGCUCUCGGUGGCAGGCUGCUCGACGUCUUCUUCGGGGCGCUCGGGCUCACCGCCGACCAGAUCGCCGCCGGCGAGACGGAGCGGAAGAUCCGCGAGACCCUGAUGGCGACGAUGCACCUGAACCUGUACCCUAGGUGCCCGGAGCCGGAGCGCGCGAUGGGGCUGGCGGCGCACACGGACUCUGGCUUCUUCACGUUCAUCACGCAGAGCCCCGUGCCGGGGCUGCAGCUGCUCCGCCGCGGGCCGGACCGGUGGGUGACGGUGCCGGCGCCGCCGGGCGCGCUCGUGGUCGUGCUCGGCGACCUCUUCCAGCUGCUCACCAACGGCCGCUUCCGCAGCGCGCUCCACCGCGCCGUCGUGAACCGGGAGCGCGACCGCAUCUCCGUGCCCUACUUCCUCGGCCCGCCGGCCGACUUGGCGGUGGCGCCGCUCGCGUCCGCCGUGCCGCCGGGGAGGAAGGCCGCGUUCCGGGCCGUGACGUGGCCGGAGUACAUGGGGGUCAGGGAGAAGGCGCUCCGCACGGACGCGUCGGCGCUGGCGAUGCUGCAGGUGGAGGACGAAGGAGAGGAUGGUGGAGUGCCACCCAAGAGCUAGCUUGAUCGAAUAGAGGAUGUGAGAAUAAUGUAUAGCAGCUUAAUAAAUAAUGUCAAAGUUGGAGCUUCAAAGGUUAUCCUUCACAAUCAUACAUUCAUAUCAGGAGUCGAUAAGAGAGGGGAAAAAAAGACAAGCAAAGAGAACAGUGCACCAGUGAGAUUAGAUGCUGUCAUGCAUCUUUGCCAAUGCACAGAAAAGAUGCUUCACUUCAAACACAAAGAAACAAGCAGUAACCAAUCACUCAACCAGUAGCGAACUUGUGCGGGACAGGCGCCAUGCGCAUGUUCGUGGUGAGGCCUCCAUUUAUUUCCUUCCGCGAUUUGAAGGAACACAUGCAUGACUACGUCUACAUGAGCAAAUGAAAACAAAUAUGAAAAUUAUAGCACAAUCUCACUUGAUUUUGAUCAGAGACUGGUACGUCGAUGCUGGCUACC